AUUAUCUAACCUAACUUAACCUAACCCUAACCUAUUACGAAUGUUGUAAAUAGCUGGUAUAAGGAACAUAGUUCUUUAGGAAAAAGUUGUUGUUAAUAUAUAUUUUAUCUUGUGUGUUCUGAGAGAACAUCAUAAUAAAUUGUACAUUAUCGUUACCAAAGUUCUAAAAAAUGCAAUAUAACUGAUCAAGUAAGUUUGAACUGAUUCAAGAUAAACUUUAACUGAGAGUUCCAACAUGAAUGUUUUUUCGUUUAAAUACAGAAACCUGAUAAUGGGUGUAACCGCAACCGCUGUUGGAUAUUACGCAGUUCUCGCACCGCAUACUGUAUUUCUGGAUAAGUAUAGAUACGUGACGGCCAGAUAUCAAGCUGACAAUGAGAUUCCGGUGGGUCCCGCAGUCAAACAGAGAAUCCAGAAAGUAAUGGACGAUAUGAAAUUACCCGACAAAGUGAGGAACGUCAUAAGACCGUUCAGUGCGUUCAGUUUCGAUUUGUUUCACGCUGGGACCUUGAACCCCAAGUACGGCGCAAUCCUGGGGAUUCCCGCCAAUUUUAUCAAUUCGGCAAAAGAGCUCCGUGACAAGUUAACAAUCAGGGAAGAGCUGGUGGACUGGACGCGACAGGACGCGCAAGCUUUCCUGGACGCGGCGAUACUAUCCGAGAACGCGCAGGACUUCGCGUUGGCGCGCGAGAUUCUCUGGAUUCUCGCGGAGGAACCGUAUUUCAAUUCGCUCACACUGGCUGCGAUUAUAGCGAUAUUUUGGUCGUUUUACAACGCGAUUACGCACGCGUUUAAAUUACGCGAACGAAACGUGAUAGUCUGUCGUAUGCUUUACUUGUCGUUCGCGUUAAUCGGUGCGAUAUCGUGGUUCGGUAUCAAGGACUAUCGAAGUUACAAUCUCGACAAGAAACACAGCGAGGUACUGUGCGACUUAGGACCCAGGUACGUCGAGGGAGGACAAGAGUUUUACGACAAAUUAAUACGCAGAAAUAAAGCGCUCAGAACUCUCAUGGGCGACGACGGCAAAGACACGUACACCGCUUACGGAAACGAAAAGACUGUCCUGAGACAGAAAUAUGUGCCUCUUACGCACAAAAAGGAAUUCUUCGAUUCGCGUCCGCGAGAGGAUAACAAGGAAUAAAGUAACGUUGUUUUUUGUACCUACAAAGCGAUGAAAACUAUUUUGCAUUAUCAAUCUUCACCGUCCCGAAUCCUUGAGAGUUUUAAGAAAAGUUUAAACGACCAG